UUUGCAAACGCACGGGUCGUCCCAAAAGGCUGCGACAGAACCCUGGCGAAAGCCUGCAUUUUGUAUUCCUCUACACGUUUUAAAACAUGCCUGUGCAUGGUGUUCGAAAUUAACUGUCUAACCAUGUUUUCCCGGCACCGUUUCUACCUUGGAACUGAGGCCACGUAUAUCGCAAAUGAGAACGGGUGGGUCCGUAAUGUACAGUAGGAAAAUAACUGCUUUCUCGAGGUCCAGGUUGAGGCCUGCAUGUUAAAGAUCCCUUUCCUCCCAUCCUGAAACUCAUCGUGAUGACUGAGGAUCAACAACAACAUGAUCAGCACCCGAAGCUGGGCUCUGGAAUAAGCACCUUACCAUCCCUAGUUCCUGGACUGCAAGGGACUGAGGCCAGUGCGUUGCAGCUCAAAAUAAAGAAUUCCAUCUGUAAAUCUGUACAGUCAAAGGUGGACAAUAUUUUGCAAGAUGUGGAGACGUUUACAGACAUCGAGAAACUCUACCUCUACCUUAAGUUGCCUUCUGGUCCCAGCAACAGUGAAAAAAGGACUGAGAGAGGGUCUGCCAGUCCUGGAGAACUGUCAUGCAGUGAUCAGAGCUCCAUGUCAUCAAGCCGCACUCAACAGAUGCACGCGUUCAACUGGAUUCGCAGUCACCUAGAGGAACACCCAGAAACCUCUCUGCCCAAACAGGAGGUCUAUGAUGAGUACAAGAGCUAUUGUGACAAUCUCUGCUACCACCCACUGAGUGCGGCGGACUUUGGAAAGAUCAUGAAAAAUGUAUUUCCAAACAUGAAGGCACGUCGACUUGGCAUGAGAGGCAAAUCAAAAUACUGCUAUAGUGGACUGAGGAAGAAAGCCUUUGUCCACAUGCCAGCUUUACCCAACCUGGAGUUACAUAAAACAGGGGACGGGUGUGAGGUGCUGGAGGCCUCAGGUCAGCUGUGCAGUGCGGACGAGGAGGUGCGCUCUGCGGCCUGUGGCCUGGUGUGUGAAUGGGCCCAGAAGGUGCUGAGCCGCCAGUUUGAUGCUGUGGAGGACCUGGCUCGCUUCCUCCUCAACAGCCACUAUAUCGGCACCAAGUCUGUGGCAGCCCUCACGGUCAUGACUGGUACACCAACAGGAGUUAAAACGCCACUGCCAUCCACAGCAUUCGCACCAACAGCUGAAGCCCACUCCUUCCAGUCCCAAGUGAAGACCCUGCCCUCUCCCUCCAUCGAUGCCAAGCAGCAGCUCCAGCGGAAGAUCCAGAAGAAGCAGCAGGAGCAGAUGCUGCACUCCCCCCUCCCCGGAGAGGCUCAGUCUAGGCGGGCUGACGGGGGCACGCCUGGGGUCGGCUCCAUUACCUGUAGAAGCCCAGCCCUGCUCUCCCCACAUCCCACCAUUGGCAUUAUGGUAGCUGCAGUCCCCAGCCCCAUCACGGUACAAAGGAGCAGGCAGCUGAUGUCCCCCAGUCCUGUGGGAACAUCGGAGGGCAAGAUUCUGCCUGUCAACUUCCAAGUGUUGACCCAGUCAAUGCAGCCUGUCAAGUGUCCCAAGACCCCUCAGAAUAUCCCAGCCAGCCCUGUGGGGGACCGCUCUGCCCGCCACCGCUAUGCCCAGAUCCUGCCUAAACCCUCAGCCACCAGCGCCAUCACCCUGCGCUCUCCCCCCACCCUACUCAUCACCAACAGCCCCAUCAAGACCGUGAUGCAGCCCACACCCCACAUCAGCUCUGUCAAUGUGGUCAAGAUGACCACCAUAUCCCUGGCUCCCAACUGCAGCACUACAACAACUUUAACAAACACCACCUUAAGGCCUGCCUCUGCUGGCAUGGGCAGCACUGUAGCCCUGGAGGAGAGCAGACCCAGCCCACGGGCCAGGAGUGGCUCUGCAGCCCCCAUCCUGUCCCCCUUAGCCAGGUCAGGCUGGGCCACCACCACCCCUACCAUCGACAUCAAGAUGAUUGAGGGUGAAACCAUAAGUGAAGGCAGUCCGGCCCUGGGUGCUAGCAGGCUUACUAUGAGUCAGGAAGCUGCAGGGGGCCAGAGGGCUGGAGGAGCUGUACCAAGGGCUGCCAGUGUGCCCAUGCCUCACACUAAAGGCUCCCUGGGACUGGAGGCAAUGGCUGGAACCAAUUGCAAUGGCAAGUCCUCUUUGUGCAACAACACUGUGGCAGCUACAGCUGGUAGCAAUAAUGACACCAAUAACGAAAGUACUUUGUAUUUGACGGUCUCCAAUCAGAAUACCAGCACCACUCUGUCACCCAAUGGCGGUACUGUUGCCACAUCACUCAUCGCCUCCAAGAGCCCCAGGAAACGCACAGGCGUCGGCCCAGAGUCUUAUCCCACGCCUGUCAAAAGGGUCUUCAUCUCCCAGCAACCUCUUGGGGGCUCCGAUGGUUACAGACAUGGGAUUGGUGCAGGAGUGAAGAAACUCCCCAGGGCAGGAACCCCGGUCAGACCUGAAAGUGCACCAGCCAUUGGUAAAGUUACUGUGAAACUGAACUCCACUGUCCCAACUCGAAUCCUGUCACUCUCUGAUUCCCCCAUCGGAACCAGAGGCUUCCAGACUGUUGUCAAGCCACAGAGCUCCGUGCAGAGAAGAGACACUCCGAUCACCAUGGACACUAGCAGCAUCGGCAACGUUAGUGCCCCGGCUGGUCAUGCACGAAUUCAGCACCAGCAGCACAUGACGGGUAACAUGCAAGCCAUGCCCAACAGCUCUGCCCUACUGGAGCAGUCUGCUGUGAGUGACCUGAGGAACACCAUGUGGGUUGGGGGCCAGCUGGAGGGAGGUAAGCAACAACAGCAGCAAGCCUACGCCCAGCAGAUCACAGACCACAAGCAGGCAUCCACACAGGUCAUGGAGCCCCUGGCCAUGAUGGGCCAGGCCCCAGCCUCUAGCCAGCUCUCCAUGCAGACAGACAUGGACUACUUCCAUUUCAAUGAUGACGAUAUGACCCAGGACAGCAUUGUGGAGGAGCUGGUGCAGAUGGAGGAGCAGAUGAAGCUCAACAGCAGUCUGCAGGCCUUCGGAGCUGACGUGACGCUGCAAGGCCAUCAGUCUGUAAUGCAGGGCAACAUGAUGUCCUCCAACCAGACAAUGACCCCUUACUACCAAUCAGUACACAGCAGCACCACCCCUGUCCAAACUCCCACCCCUACCCCAACUCCCACAUCCACCUCUGAGAUGAUGGGAGGAGGCCAGGGCCUGACUAGGGAGAGCCCCUGCUCCCACAUGGCCCCCACCACCCCAGUGGACAGUGCCCUGGGGAGCAGCCGACACACCCCCAUCGGCACUCCACACUCCAACUGCAGCGGCAGCGUGCCCCCCAGCCCUGUGGAGUGCAGGAACCCCUUUGCCUUCACUCCCAUUAACUCCAGCAUUACAGGCUACCACGACGGCAGCAUUGUCUCCAGCAGCCCCGUCAAGCCCAUGCAGAGGCCCAUGGCUACUCACCCAGACAAGGCCAAACUGGAGUGGAUGAACAAUGGUUACAACAAAAGCGGGGGGAACUCCAUCAACGGCAUCAGUAUCCUCCCCAGCUAUCAGGACCUGGUCGACGACCACUUCCGAAAGCCCCAUGCCUUCGCCAUCCCUGGCCAGUCCUAUCAGUCUCAGACGAGGCACCACGACGGACACUACGGCCGCCUGACACCCAUCUCUCCGGUGCAGCAGCAGGCAGCCAGUAUGGCCAACCUGAACAAGCAGGAGAGCUUUGCUGUGCCCGCCCCUCUGGACAACAAGACCACCAGUACAUCUUCAGCAGGCGGGACCUUCCGCUGUCGUAGUGUAAGCCCUGCCGUGUGCCAGCGAAACCUGAGUGGCAACCAGAGUGGCAACAUCCCCCGAACAGUGGUGUCCCCCUUCACCUCCCCCGUGACCCCCGAGAUGAUCAACAUCUUCGCCAACAGCCAUGGGGAUGUCAGCAGCAUGGCACAGAGGAGCCAGUCUGUGCCUGUUAACGUGAUGAUGCAGACGGAGGUGCCGCCCACGCAGGGCCAGACCAACAGCAAAAAGAUCACCAACGUGCUCCUGAGCAAGAUGGACGGGGACAGUGACGACGCGGUGCGGGGCCUGGGUAUCAACAACCUUCCGUCCAACUACACAGCCCGCAUGAACCUCACCCACAUCUUAGAAACCACUCCCAGCUUCCCCAGAAGUGCCAACCAUCAGACUCUGAUGACUUCCAACACUCAGAAUGCGUACGAGUUUCAGAAGCCUGGUUACCUCAUGAAGAACUCUAGGAACGAACAGAUGAUUCUCUCAGCAGGUGACAGCCAAGCACAAUCGGCUACUGGAGAACAGCAGCAUCAGCAGAGCCAGCCUAUGCUGCUGGCCCAGAACCUUCAGCAGCAACAACAACAGCUGCAGCUAGAUUUCAGCACCACCGUUAAAGACCUCUUAGCGGACGGCAGCCUUACUCCUGGCAAUCAGCUUGUGGGACAGGUGUCAGAACUCAACCCUGUGGGGUCUGAUUUUCGACUGACCUCUGAUCUUUCCAGUAGCAUCAAUGACCUGAACAAUUUGGACACAAACCUUCUGUUUGACCCCAAUCAGCAGCAGGGACAAUAUGAAGACUCUACACUGGAAGAACUGAAGAAUGAUCCGCUGUUCCAGCAGAUUUGCAGCGAGACUGCGAAUUCCAAUGGAUUUGAUUGGCUGGAAAGUAAAGACCAGCCCACAGUUGGGUUAAUGGGUUAAUAUGGGCUCUGCUUUUAUUUCAUGAAGGUGAAAUGGUUUGUUUAUACCUAUUGUUUUGUAAAAAUCUUCUUUGUAAUUAUUCACAUUGACAUUGUAUAGCACACUGCAACACUCGGGAUACAAUGACUUUUGUCCAGUCUAAGUGCCAGGCUGAACAGAAAUGAUCACACUUACAAAUAUGCUGGUUUUCUCUCACAGCUCAGCGCUGGUGCUGACUCAUCCAUUUCUUCCUCUUCAGACAUCAUAGUUAUUCAAGACCAUUCAAAUCAAGACCGUAGAAUAACAAGUAUUUUUACAUUUUCAGAAGGACAGGAUAUAAAGAGAGAGAUGUUUAAGAGAUCUCUAUCUGUAGACUAUCAUUUUGGAUAAUGUUUUUGUUCAGGAGCUGUUGACUAAAACAAGAGGUUUGGCAAAUAAUUGGCAACUGUUCCUCCCUCUGUAAAUUGUUUUACUUCCAUUGAGGUAGAUCCUGAAGAUGGACUUUAUCAGACAAAUCAUUUGGAAUUGCUUUAGAAGCAUACUGUUGUGCAAGAACGGUAAAUGGGUUGUAUGCUCACCUAAUAUGCCCCUGUACCUCUCAAUUAAGAGUUGAGAUACUUCGAGAGGGCAUUUGCAGUAGCAUGCACUGGUACUAAUGUUUCAGGUGCAAGACAAAUAUACCAAAAUCAAUCGAUGGUUAAAAAAAAUCCCCCAUAAUCUGUAAAUAAAAAUGUUUUGUUGGUCUACUUAAAGAACCAUGUUUUAUAUAUUUCCACACUGGUUGGAAUAAUACUGUGAAAAUGAUAAUGCCCUUUUAGUGUAGGAGCUGUUUGAAAAGAACGCCUAAAAUUUCAGCCUGUGUAGGUGAGAUGGAGUUUUGGCCUGCAUGGUGACAUCACCUGGCAGUAUAUGUAUUUAAUAGACCAAUAAGAAAGAGUUCCAAACCUUCUGCCAAUAACAGCUAGUUUUUAGGUUUCCCCUCCCUACUCAGUCCUAGCAAAAUUCUUGCUUGAGAAUUUGUUCUUUGCUAAGAACCUAUUUUUAUUACUUUUUGCCCAUUUCUUUCAAUUAAAUCACAAUAAGGUACUUCAUUUUUACCCAGAAAUAAAUGAUUUGAUAUUGAGAUAAAAAAAACCCCGCUGUGUUCGACCUUUAACAUACAUUGUUUGCAAUGAUAUUGAGGCAAACUAAUUCCAUUCUCUCAGAAUUUGGAUUUUUACAAGUAGGAAAACGGCAGCUGUUUGAAAAAGAAUCUGUGUGACUACAGAAUAUUAUUCAAACUAUAGAUUUAAAGGUCAAGAUAUACUGUCUGUAUACUAAACUUGUCAGAAGAUGUCGGAUUGUCCGUUUUGCUGAAAUGUUAUGCAAACUUUACAAAUAAGAUAUUGACCACUCAAAUUGCAGUGUGCAUGGUACAAAAAAUGUAGGCUAUUAAAUCGAGAUUUGAAUGUACUAUGUCUUUUCACCUUUUCAAAUUUCCCCUCAUGUCUCAGUAGUUAAUGCACUUUGGGACAUUGAAACUGAGCGCAGGUAGCUGAAGAACAACAGAUGGUAUCUGUUAAUAUUGUCAUUUUGUAGGCUUGCUUCACCCACAUUUUGCCCUGAAUGCUGACAUUAUUACUGUAGUUGAGCUCCCCUGUCCUUCGUGUCGAAAGGAUUGCUUUGUUUAGAAUCGUAUAUGUUUAUAAGAAUUAAAACAAUCAUAAUAAAGACCUGUAAUGGGGAUAGCUUGCACUUUAGUGACUGCAGAACUAAAGGAAAUGGGCUUUAAGAUGGAGCUCAAAGAACAGUUAAAUAUUGUAUUUAAACCGUAUAAUGCAGAAGAUGACCCUUUUCACCUCUGUCAAGUUUUUUUAAGACUUGUGUAGGGCACUCGUGGGGAGUUUUAUUUACGUUCUUUGUGACUAUAUGGCGGGUAUCAUUUUAAUUAACAGAAAUAUAUUGAUUUAAGUAAGGAAGUGGAGGAAUAUAUGAAUAGGAAUUUACCCUUAUAACACCCCUAUACCAAAGUGUAUUGACUGGAGAUGACCCUGCCCUGUUUCAGUCGUGUAUCUAUUUGGGGGAAAAUGACUAUUCAUUCUGGUUCUGAUUUAUUUUAACACUAUGCAUUUUUUACUUAUCAAAGCGGCUGCUACUGUCAAAGUAGGUUACUGCAGGUUUAUGUAAAUGUGUGUCGUUUUUCCCUUAAAAAAAAAUUGUUUCAUGUUACAUACAUUCAGUAAAACAUGUGGUGGAUAUGAAGUAAUUCAGAUUAAAUUAAAGUUAGUUUAGUUUAAUAUUAUGCCAUUAGAUAUUCAAAGUCCUUCCUAUAAAAAGGCACAAAAGUGCAUAUUUUACCGUCAUACAUCGAAAGCUAUUCCCCUUACAUUAGUCUAGAUCCAGUAGAAAAUACAGUAUUCUGGAAUACUGUAAUACAGAAUUACAUAAACAUUUGUAUAAAUUGUCAUUUUCUUCCCCUUGAAUAAUGUUUUUGUUGAGUUCAUUAAUGCACUGCAUUUUAUUCUAACAGUGAAGGGACGUGUUUCACCUGGAAACAAAAAAAAGGCAUUUCUUGGUAAAGUAUGGGUCAUCUAUUACAGGUUUAAAUGGCUUAUAGUAUAGUGAAGAACAGUGUGUGAAUAAGGCGUGCAAAUCAUAAAGGGAAUAGCUAAUUGGCCAGAUCCUGUGGUUUUUAUGAGCUUUUAAUCUUCUGAGCCUUAUAUCCAUACCAAAGAGUAACUAAUGAGAAAAAAAGCAUUAAAUAGGAUUUUUUUUAGAAGUACCCACAAAUAACCCUGACAUCAGUCAAAUACCUUUAUAUGGCCAUUUGGAAUUGUCCUUCUUUCAGGUGGGAUGGUUGAAAAUAAUUUGAGGAAAUUGUGAAACUGGCAACUGAUCUGUAGCACUGGAAAACAUGCUGAAAACCACACUACUGUUCUGGUUUAUAAAAACCAAUGUAGCAGGACAAUAUUGGGGUUAAUUCAGUUGACUGUUGUAAGUGUUCCUCUCAUUUUGAAUCCCACAGUUUGUACAUAUGAAAGCUCUGACACUGUAUUGUUAUAACUUAAACUGGUUCUGUGCACCUGCACCCUCUGAAAUGCUAUAUUGGUGAUUUUGGAUCAGGAGCCAGCUAAACUGUGCUUGUGUGUUUGGCCGCUGGCACCCUGCCCUUUCUUGUACAGAUAAUGCUGUGUUUGUUUUUUUCUUAGCUUGGUGUUUUUUUGUUUGCUUCCUGAGAUUUAUAUUGGUCACCUUUUUACAGAAGACGUCUGCUUCGAGUGAGAAAAUAGCAUGGGUAUUUACAUUUUAAGUAUUAGAUAUUACCAGGUUGCAUAGCUAUCUUUCUCUGACAGAUUUUGUGCCCAGAACAUUGCAAUGGACAUCGGAAUGUCAUGGUUAAAAUUUCAACAAGCUUUGAAGGUUCAUGUUAUUGCACUAAACAUUUAAUGAACCAAGGCAUUGGCACCUCUUUUAGGACAAAUGCAUUAAUUGAAGCCACCCAAAUAUUUUUUUAAAGAGCUUAACUAAGUGAAAAAAUAAUUGAAAUGUCAAUCAAAAAAAUAUGAGAACGCUAAUUGUCUUGUGUAGCAAUGUACCUUAAUCUCAAUGAGACUUUUUUUUUACUUCAUUCUCAUGAGAAUAUGAAACUCCAUUUAAAGAAACAUUUAAACAGAAAUAUCGUCAAAUAAAUCAUUCACCAUGUUAAUAAAUUAUAUGUGUGCAUGUUUGUAGAAUUAUAUUGUACAGAGUAUUUGUAACCACUUUGCUGUAAUUCAGGAUUGGUCCUGUCAAUCGGAACAGAAAGGAAUAGCGACUCACAAGUUACUUGCAUUGUUUGAUGUUUACUAAUUCAGAUUAAUAUUUGUUCUGUAUGUUCAGGUUUUGAAUACGUUCUGUUUAUUUAGAUGUUUUUACUUUUUUUAUGUAACUCUGUGAAGAUUUAUUUUUUCUCUCCAGAAACAAUUGAAAAUAAGCACUGAUGUUUGUACUUAAAUGAAGACAAACCCUGUCUGUUCUUUAAGUGCACAGGGGCAGCUGAGUCCUGUACUUUUCACAGACCUGGUAAAAAGUCCCUUUAACCCUUGUUGUUGUCUAGUGUACAGCAGACCGUAGAGUAAUUUGAUAAAGUUGCUUUAGCGUUUCAGCAAAGUUUCUUCUGUCUUUUUUUAAUUGAAUGUGCUCAAGGAUGUUGAGAUUUUUUUAAGGGUUUUUAAAACCAAUAAAGUUUUUUAAAGUACUUGAAUAUCUUGGUUUCAAUUGUUGUUUUUCCACUCUGUGCAUUUACAUUACCUUCACUUAGCUAGAAUCUUCUGGUUUGGUCCCACAAAGGUUUUAUCCCCAGAGCUGUGAUGAUUAAAAUAAAUAUGUAUUUACUUUA